GGUUGCCAGGGCAACGGUACCCUAGGGCCGGACGGCGGGGCGGGAGCGUGGCGCCGGGUUCCACCGAUAAACCGGCGUGGAAAAUGGCUUUCUUAAGAAAAACCAGCCCACCUGCUCACGGUGUUUUUAGUGACCUCAGUGACAUCUCCUCAGAAGAUUCAAGGAUGGAAGACAUCAGAAACUUGAAAGUCAGUAGAAGUUUUACCCAAGCAGCCUCCGGUCAAAGCAGAUUUCUAAAAAGAAACCAAACUAUCGGUGAGAAACACUUCAACCUGCAAGACAGUGCUGCCCUGGGCAGUGGGGCCCAGCUGACCCUGGGCAGACCCCUCGCCACCGCCUCCAAGAUCCGAGCCAGCGCCGCGCUCAUGAGGCUGGCCCAGCUGGAGACCAAGAUCCGGAGUCGGCAGAGCGCGCCCAGGAGCUGGUCUGACACGGAGUCUGACUCGCGGCUCCUGGAGGACGGUCUUGCCGAGAGCGUGGACAGAUCCGCCCCGGGGGCCACCUCGGGCCCUGCCUCGCCGCACACCCACAGAACUUUCCAGAAACAAGCCCGUGAAGCCCCCCUCCCCAAGAGCAGUGUGCAGAGUGGGCGGGCCAGCAGGUUCCUGAAGAAGAAACAGCCACCUGUGGGUAGCGCGGCCCCCGAGGCCCAGGCUGGGAAGGAGAGGAAUCUUCAAACACCCAGACAGAAAGAACCUGCUAGAAAAUUUGAUUCCCCAGACAGCGACGAAGAGGAAAUGAAAGAAUUGCUAGGAAGCUUGAUGGAAUCUUCUAGAGAAAAAGAAACAAGCCUGAAUCAGAGGUUCACCAGCACUGCCGUCAGUGGGAAGGAGCGCGUGAAACCAUCGGCGGGUCAGAUCCCUGCCCCGCCCCGAGCCCCUCUGUCCAGAGCGGAGCUCUCCAGCUCAGAGCCUUCCCAGACCCUGGGCCUGUCCAGCACGCGGUCAGCGCGCCGGGGGUCAGCGCGCCGGGCCCUCCGCAGUACUCGGUCGGGAACCUGCUCCCCGCAGACUCCGGCAGCUCGCGACACAGCCUCCCACGACACAGCCUCCCACCACACAGCCUCCCACCACACAGCCUCCCCCGCCUCCUCGAUUUCCAUCCCCGACGCGGUUUCAAGAUCAAAGUCUUCAGCCAUGGGUCACGUCCAGCUCGCGUCUUCCUCCGGGAGGAGCGAGCCCGGGCCCGGGGGAGCCUCGGACCCCGAAGCCUCCGACGACAGCCUGAACGAUUUUAGAAUCAAUAUUUUAUCCCUUGAUGAUCUGUCUCCGGCCGUCAGUGAGAGAUCAGACUUGGAACAGAAGGAAGGUGCCACUCAGAGGGCGAGAGCGCCGGGCAGGAGCCGCCCCGACCAGACACCUGCCACACGGGACGCACCGAGCCAUGCCCUGCCCAGGGGCUCAGCAUUUCAGGGAAAGGCCACCUCUGUGGUUGGGGACGAGGGCCUCCCCACUGAAAGUGAGGUCUCAGAGCGUCUGAGUGCCAGCCUGGCCUCUGCCGCCCAGCAGGACAGUGUGUCCAGUGCCAAGCCGUCAUCCGAGACGCCCACAGAGGACAGCGUGGGCUCGGCUUAUUCGGAAGAUUUUGAAAGCCCGCCGAGUCCCCCGGCCUCCGAGCCGACGGCUCCUUCCGAGGCAGCUCUGGACGGAACGCUGGCCACGGUGUCGGAGUGCUGCAGGAGUCUGAGGACAGACCCCCCCCAACCCCCCAGGGCUAGGAAGAAGGGCAGCCGGGGCGCAGAGAGGGUCGGCGUGCGGGAAAUGGCCGUGCAGACCCUGGACCCGGCCUUCACCUACCAGUGGACCAAGGCGGCUGGGAUGGCGGCCAUUGGGCCUGCCCUCGGGAGUUCCUAUGUCGACCCAGUGCCCAUUGCCAGCCACGUCGUCAGUGCCGAUGCCAUAGAAGUCCUGACAGCCUACAGCCCUGCGGUGCUGGCGCUCAACGACAUGCUGAAGCAGCAGCUGAACCUGACGCAGCAGUUCAUCGCCGCCAGCCGCCACCUGCACCUCUCCCUCCUGAGGUCCAUGGAAGGGGACUCGUUCCACUACCACUCCCUGGAGGAAGCCAAAGAGUAUAUCAGGUGCCACAGGCCCACGCCGCUCACCAUGGAGGACGCUUUGCGGGAGGUGCAGGAGGAGCUGUAAGUACCAGAGACCUGCUCAGCACGCUGCUGAGGAAAUUGCCCGUCAGCAUGAGGACAUGAUGCAGGACAGUGGGGACGCAGCACAGGCCAGGUGCUGGCUUCCUGGUGGGCACAAGGCAGACGGAACCGAUGGUGCAGGACUGCUGUUCACGAACAAGGACACGAGAAUAACUCCUCACGAGAUGCCAAGGCCCCUGCUCCACCGGGCCUCGUCCAGAACACGCCCCUCACUCCACCCACGCUUCUCACUUGUACACGGAGGAGGAGGUCUUUAAAAAAAAGGCUUUAUUUGAAGGCAAAACAGUAAAAUCCACAAGAAAUCGUUAACAGCACGAGUUUGUUUUAUCCAGAAUCAGACACAUUUGAACAAGUCACAGCUACGGGAAAUCUAGAACAAAAUCAGAUAUUUACCACGUGGGCAUGAAAAAYUGUGGGAGAAACUCUGCAUCUUACUGAAAAGAAUUUUUCAAAAGUACUUCUUUACAAAUAAACGGCACCGCACCAAGCUGCCGAUGGAUCCAGGUGUGGGGGAUCCAGGCAGCUUCUGGCAGAGGUGACACUCCUCCUGGCCCCACCUCCCUUUGGGGGUGGGCUGGGGGUAUGCAAAUGAAAUGACAGAGUAGGAGGUACCAGUUGGRAGGUGGCACUCCACACUCAAUCUAAAUGGGUCCUCGCACGCAAGUGCUGGUGUUGGGUUCCCCUAAGUGACAACCACAAGCAGAGGGGCUACAGAUGCCUCCAGGGCGUCAUUGCUGACCUGAGGACACCUUAGGUUGUUUGCUUAGAACCUUUUCUUUCUCCAGAUAAUAGCAAAUGGCCAA